AUGUCAAAGGGUUCGUCUGCAAGCAACAAGAUGGCACAAGGGAGGAGAACCAUCGCUUUCGUAGCUCACAAGUCCCUUUCCUUAAACAACUACACAGUCGUACAGCUCUCGUCGGAAGCAAAGAAGUUUGUCCUAUUUGGCUGGGAGGACGGCGAGCUCAGGGCUGACAUUCUUGUUGAUUGCGCUCCUUUAACGCUCGAAAAUGCCGAUGAAGUCCUCUGUUUAUUCUGCCAGAAGAUCUGGCUACAUGGCCUGGGGGCAAGUCAUGGUGCCCUCACAAACGGCGGGUUGCAAGAGUUAGACUGGCCCAAACAAAACGUGGCAAUGCUGGGUGACACUCAGAUCAAUCAAUCUUCUCCCCAAAAAUCCCGUCUUUGCUUUGGUCCUGAGAAACGAUGGAUGUUGGACGUUGACACGGGUAUGCUGGAGCCGCACGGAAUUGUCAAAUUCAAGAUCCACGAUGUAGACAUCAAACAACCACAGGCAUUCGCUGACGACUCAAAAACACAAUUGAAAAACUGGGCAGUCUUUGGCCAGGCUAUCCGCCUGGGGCUGAUUAUCUUCGAGGAGGCGUCAGCCUAUAUGAAGAAUCCUGCAAAUCGCACUGAACAGAUCCAUCUUGUUGAACCUAUUCAGAAGCAAAACUUUCUUGAAAGUUCAGUGCCAUUGGAGGCAGGUCCAGCAAAGGAGGGUUCCAUUUCAGUCGCCCUCGACAACGCAAUGGAUCACAUUCACGCGGCAGCCUCGACAGCAGAUAAAACACAGCUGUCCUCAUUGCAAACUCCAUCUCCGUCUUCGCUUCCCUCACCAUGUUCGGCACCGAUGGCUGUCCAAUCGUCCCCACCAAACGACUUACCCCUGAAUACAAAGGUUGUUAGCGACAAGGCCGAGGCGACGGCCAAGGCCAAGAGAAGGAGACAGCAACAGAAGAAGAGAGAGAGAGAGAGACCUGCCACACAAACUCAGAAUCCACUACUGUGGACCAGCUACAAUCUCAAUUAUGUGGCUCCAAGUUCACCACUUCUGCAUAAGCAGGGUCCUGGAGAAUUGGGCGACAUGGCCUCUAAUCCCCAUGAAGUCACGGCACCAUCAGAGGCGGAUGUUCCAGACAGUCACUCGGGUGCAGGUACAAACUGCAACGCAGGUGUCGGUAGAGGAAGUCUUCCAGCCCCUCAACAGAGCAGACCUGCAGCAAAUGUUGUCAACAUGGCCAAUGUUGUUGAAACUAGACCCGUUGGCAAUCAAUCAGGUCCACUUCCGGAAUCUUCUUCUUCGCUUUCUCUGCCGUUCAAGUUCGAUAAUUAUUACCCACGCCUCAAAUGCCCGAAGGAGGACUGCGGCAGAAUGACCAAUUGUUGGGAUUCGGUUGUGGUGAGCUGUCCUGCCUGCGGCCCUUUCAGCUUCACCCGCUAUUGUCGCAAGGAACAUCAGUACGAAGAUAUCUUGCGUCACUGGCUGUAUGAUUGCGGCAAUCAUCGGGUCAAUGGACUUGUCGACGAAAGCACCAUCCGCCCCAGCCAGCUUCCAAGAACCUCGUACAUCACUGGCCACUUCUCUAACCACAUUGAGCGCCACAGACAAGCAGUGUAUCGUGCAAUGGAGCCUGUGGAUUACUUCAUUUUUGACGAUGACCAUCAUCUUAGCAGCGACACACCGACAAGAGAAGAAUGGAAUCUUGUACGUGGUACUGGAAGAGUGUUGAAGACAAUUUCAUUCCUGAACGAUGGGACAUUGCUCUGCCCACACGCAUUCUUCAACCACCAUGUGAUACAAUGUCUCAAGUUCGGUGGUCCACUCGCACGGAACAACUGCAAUAUGGCUUUCCAUAUGAUCAGAGAUUUCUUGGUUAUCGAGGGUACUUGGAGCGAGUCUCUUCUGGCGACUUUGUGCAUGCAAGUCGCAUUUGAGUGGGGUUACAAAGUACCAGAUCACUUUUACAACGUCGAUCGAGUCAACGCCGCCUACCGCCAGUAUGGUGUACGUCCCAUGCCUCUUGCUUUGGAACAUGUUUGA